ACGGUUUCGGGUUAGAAACGGUUCGGUUUAUUUUCGGUUCGGUUUCCUUUCCAGUUCGGUUUAGAUUUGGUUCGGUUCUAAAACGGUUUAACAUUACUCGGAUCGGUUCGGUUUCGGGUUUACUAAAAUGCGGUUCGGGUCGGUUUUCGGUUUCAAAAAAUCGGUUUUUAAUCGGUUCGGUUCUCAUUCGAAUCGGUUUGAAUCGGUUCGGUUUCACCGGUUCGGUUCGGUUUUUGACAGUGCUAGGAAUGUACUAUACAAAGAAAACACGGACAAAAAAUACAUUAGCAUGAAAUGGGAAUGUUCUGGUCCGAGGAGGAUUACAAAGGCGAAGGCGAAAAGACAACAAAUUAAAAAGGCAUCAAAAAAUAAAACGCUAGAAUACAUAGUGGCAGGGACUGGCAGCUUUACAUAGUGCCAGCCUUUUGGAGUAGCUCAUUGCUGCAAAACCCACUUCUUCCUUUCUCUCCUCUUUUUCCAUUAACCCCAAAUCACCUGCUAUGGAGGAUAUGGAUCUUUGUUUACUGAACACUGAUAUCUCAUAUAAUAUACUGUCUCGACUGCCUGCUGAUAUAUUGGUCCAGCUGAAGAUGGUCUCAAAAGGGUGGCAGCACUUCAUUGCAGAUCCUGACUUCAUGCGCUUGCAGAUGAAGAUGGCAGAACCAAUUUUGAUUUCAGGAUACUUCUUCCAGGAAAAGUAUCUGUACUGUGAUAUCGAUGUUGAAAAGCUCAGUUACAUUCCCAUUAAAGCCAAGGAAACCAAAAUUUAUCAGAAUAUCCUAGAGUUUUUGCCUGAGAAGGUUACUAUUUUGGGAUCAAGCAAUGGUCUAGUCUGCUGUAGGAGUUGUAUCCCUUCUCCCGACCCAUUGAUAUACAUCUGCAAUCCUGUGAGUAAGAAAUGGAUGACUGUGAAGUGGGAUAGAAUCAACAGGAAGGACUAUAUUGCUUUCUCCUUCGAACCAUCUUCUACUUCCUCCAUGAAUGAGAACACAGACUAUAAUCUAGUUAGGGUGUUUGAAGUUGAUGUGCAUACUCCUGGGAAGGAAGAAUUCUACUUCACUUUUGAAACAUACAAUUGGGAAAGAAGGGUAUGGGUUAAAUCUAAGGAAAUUUGUCAUUGUGAAGAUUCUUUGUGCAUCACCAAAUAUGUUUUGGUUAAGGGUAUUUUAUACUGGCUGACAGAUGGUCACAUACUUCUUAUGUUCGACAUUGCAAAUGAGCUCUCUUUGCUCAUUACUCUCCCUAUUCCUUUCACUGAAGGUAAGCUCCCUGAAAUUUGUCUUGGAGAAUCUGAUGGAGAGCUGCAUUGUGUAGUGGUAUCACCGGAAGGACUUAUGAUUUGGGCCCUUGAGGACUGUUUCAGCUCCAACUGGGACCUCAGGUCGUUCAUAUCCUUCGAGGUGAUGGAAGAAGAAAAUCCACAAUAUCUAUGCAAUUUGGCAGAAAGAGUUUCAACAUCUGUUGGAGAAAAAGUCCCAUGGAUGCAACUUUUGGCGUUCAAAGAUGGCAAACUGUUCUUAAGGGUCUCCAAUUCUGCCUACUCUUUUGACAUUCAGACAAGGAGGAUUUGUUUUCUGUGUGACAUGCUUGAUCUUGGUCAUGAAUUUGUUGGUGCAACAGUGGUUCCGUAUUCUGUCACUAUGGCAUCAGUGGCUGAUUCCUAGAUGGUUUAUCUGCCCCUUCUUAUUUUUGGGUACAUGCAUAUUGCAACUACGCAAUUGGUGUUACUAGGUUCUACCUGUUAAAUAGUUACUAGCCUUUUGUUCCUAAAAUACUGCAUAUGGCUGCCAAAAUUCUGUUGAAAAAUCGCAGUUUUUCAGAGAAGUCACGUACAUUUAGUAGUAAAUGUGGUUGAUGCAGUAAUCUUAUUGUUCCAGAACAUACUGUAUACGGCUGCUGCCAAAAAUCUGGUGUAGAAUCCGUAGUUUUUGAGAAAAGUCACAGUACAUUUGGUCGAUUAAUGUGGUUAAUGUAGUAAUCUUUUGCAGCCUUAUCUAUUUUAAUGGAAUGCUAGACUUAAGUGAAGUGAAACAUCGUUGUCACAAUCAUGCUCAUUUCGACAUUCACUUUUAUGUUAGCUAACAAUGAGUAUGCAUGUC